UUUAAUACAUGUAGCGACAACACAAAACAUGCAAUAAACGAAGCGAAAACAGUCGCUCAUAUACUUUGGAAUUAUAAAUAAAUUAUUAAAAUAAAAACAGUGGGAAAAAGUGAUACCGGUAUAACUAGAUUAACCAGGUCCUAAGGAUCUGGGCUGCAAAGUCCAAUUUCACCUGUAAUGGAGAAAGGUGAACGGUUUUCAGAAUAUCUGUUCGCGAAGAUGGGCCCCGGAGAUAGGGGGCCGAAGACCACAGAAGACCGGUCUGCUCCUGUCGAACGGACUGGCUUCAGGAAGAUCCUCGUCGACAAUGUGAUGCUGGUCGUUACCCUGGCCGGAGUCAUCACCGGCAUUGGUCUUGGUCUUGGACUUCGGCCUUAUCACCUAGGCCCUGACGCCUUAAUGAUAAUAUCCUACCCCGGAGAACUAUUCAUGAGGCUUCUUAAACUGAUGAUCUUGCCUCUGAUCAUAGCCAGCCUGAUUGCUGGAUCAGCAAGUUUGAACGCAAAGAUGAGCGGGAAAAUUGCAGUUAGGACUUUACUUUAUUUUAUUUUGACGUCCAUGUUUAAUGCUUUCCUGGGACUGCUUUUGGCAAUGAUGAUCCACCCUGGAGUGCCUGAGAUCAAGCAAUUUGGGUCUUAUGUUGAGGGGAAGAGAGAGCAUAGUAUUUUGGACAGCAUUUUGGAUAUUGGCCGGAACAUAUUUCCGGAUAAUAUUGUACAAGCGGCUUUCCAACAAGCGCACACUGUGUACACAGAAGCACCUGCGAUGUUUGGACGGAAUGUGAGCGAAAACGACACCGUACCAAUGGUUCGAGUUGUCGCUUAUAGAUCAGGCACCAAUACAUUAGGCUUGGUUUUCUUCUGUCUAGUUUUUGGGAGUCUUCUAGGAACUCUAGGAGCUAAAGGCCAAGUAGUGAUAGAUUUCUUCCAAGCAAUUUUUGAGGUGAUCAUGAAAAUGGUGACUGGCGUCAUGUGGUUCACUCCAGUUGGAGUUAGCAGCGUGAUAGCUGGGAAGAUUCUUGGCGUUAAUGAUGUUGCUUCAGUGAUGUCUCAACUAGCUUGGUUCAUAGCAACAGUUGCUGUAGGAGUGUUCUUCUAUCAACUAAUAGUGAUGCAGCUGAUCUACUUCUUGUUCUUACGACGGAAUCCGUACAAGUUCUAUUGUGGGCUAUCGCAUGCCAUGCUCACGGCUUCUGCUACUGCUUCCACUGCAGCAGCUCUGCCAGUGACCUUCAGAGCCAUGGAAGGUCCCUUGCAAGUGGACCCUCGUAUCACUCGCUUUGUGUUGCCAAUCGGGUGCAAUAUCAAUAUGGACGGCACGGCUCUAUUCCUCUCAGUUGCUAGCGUCUUCGUCUGUCAGAUGAACAAUAUACAUCUUGGGUUCGCUCAGCUGGCUACUAUUUUCCUGACAUCGACAGCAGCAUCAGUAUCAUCUGCAUCAGUUCCAUCGGCCGCCAUGGUGUUACUACUGGUCGUGUUGGCCGCGGUGGACGCGCCCGCGCAUGAUGUGUCUCUGUUAUUCGCUGUAGACUGGCUUGUAGACCGUAUCAGAACCACUAACAACAUGCUUGGAGACUGCUAUGCAGCUGCAGUGGUGGAACAUCUAUCGAAGAACGAGCUGAUGGCAUGCGACGCUUUAAAUGCGGACCCCAUAAACGGGUUGACCCCCAACACGGAUGUGGACAUCGGUAUUGUGACCCCAAGUAAAAAGUCCAUUGGUUCUGACGAAGUUAUUAUAGAUAUGCAUUUAAAUAACCAUACUGAUGCCAUUAAGCGGAUUUAGUGACCUUAAAUAAUCAUUUUCUUAUAAUAAUAUACCAUUUAGACCUUAAUCCAUGUUUUUAAGAGUGGGGAGGGCCUAUGCCUAAUGGUGGGCAAUGGAUGAAUUGGGGUGAUUAUAAAGUCAAUUGGACUUUUGUGUAGACAUUAUAAUAGAGAGCGUUGUUAUAAUACUUAGUUUGGUAUAAUAAUUGGAUUUGUUUUUCCUGUAUAUUUCUCAGGGGGUUUUCUUUAAUAGUUUUUAGUGUGAAAAUUUUCAGUAUUAACAUGAAACCUAUUAUUUAUUGGUAGGGCGUUUUCUACUAUAUUAAACUCAGAACAUUAUUCGUAAAAAGAAAUGAGAAAUAUGUAUGAGUAAAGGUUCUUUAAACUAUGUCACUCUGUAUGAAGAAGUAUUUCAGUUAGCAUUAAAAGGAUCAUGAAAACAUAAAUUUUAUCGUAGAUUUUGCGUUCAGUAUUCACUUCAUUAGAACUUAAGGCCACUUUAAUGUAAUUUUAAGGAUGAUUGGGCUACGUUCUUACGUACGAAUAAAUUUUAUAAUUAGUUUAAUUAACAUUUCUUUUAAUAACAAUACGUCCAAAAUUACAUAACAAUGGUAUUUUGCAAAAGAAAUAAUGUAAACAUAAGUAAUGUAGAUAAAUUGGGAUUCUUGGUGUUUUCGAAUUGUCAAAAACUUAAAAAAAAGAAGAAUUUUGUACCGGCUUGAGUAUUUAUUGCGUUUAAAAUCAUACUUUUUUCUCUAAAAUCAGCUAAAACAUUUAUAAUUAAAGUAACAGAAGCAAAAAAAAUAUAAUUAAUUAUGUUCGUACGUGGGUACUUGGCUUUAGAGACAGGGUUGACCAGUGAAGGCCUUACCUUUUUGACAGGCAUUUUGAGUGUUGCCACACCGGAAAAGGUAUCACAGAAAAUCAGUUACCAUAGUAAAAAAAAACUUUAAAUUUAGCGACAAAAUGAUAAUAAUACGAGCGAGUUGUAUGCAUAGUUUUGUAGUCACCGUUGCAAGUAUGUAUUAAAAAUAAUUAGAAAUUUCUAGUAUACAUAAUAGGUAGUACCUAUGAAAUUGCCGUUUUGCAUGAAAAAAUUUAAA